ACGUGAUUUAUUUAAAGUGGGAGUGUAAAGAUGGCAGCCAAUGUCAGCAAAUUAAACAUGGCUCGAUUAAGAAGUUCAGUGUUUUCAGUGUUCCAGUUAGAUCUCCUCCGUGAAUUACUCUGCGUCCUGGUGGCUUUUUGUGUUCUGACGCAGCAGUCGCUGGCAGACCAGCAGGAGUUUUCCGAGGACUUUCUGAAGCGGGAGUAUUCUCUGGUGAAACCGUAUCGAGGACUGGGCUUCUCCAGCUCCUCCCAGUGGGAUCUGAUGGGAACGGCCAUGGUGACCCCUGACCAUGUGAGGCUGACCCCAGACCAGCAGAGCAGACAGGGAGCGGUGUGGAGCCGGAUCCCGUUCGUCUUGAGGGAUUGGGAACUUAGAGUUCACUUUAAAAUCCAUGGCAUCGGGAAGAAAAACCUAAACGGAGACGGACUUGCCAUCUGGCUAACCAGAGAUCGCAUGCAGAACGGUCCUGUUUUCGGCAACAUGAACCAGUUUGUUGGACUUGGAAUAUUUGUGGACACUUACCCAAACACAGAUAAGACCCACGAUAGGACCUUUCCGUACGUCUCAGUGAUGCUGGGAAACGGAACCCUGACGUACGACCACGACCGUGACGGGCGGACCACCGAGCUCGGAGGAUGCACAGCCAUGACGCGCAAUUCCAUUUAUGACACCUUCCUGCUGGUCAGAUACUCUAAAAACAAGUUGACGCUCAUGGUGGAUGUGGAUGGGAAACAGGAAUGGAGAGACUGUGCUGAAGUCAGUGGGCUGAGGCUUCCCAAUGGAUACUACCUGGGUGCCUCCUCUGCUACUGGAGAUCUAUCAGAUAACCAUGACAUCAUCUCAAUGAAAGUGUACCAGCUGACUGUAGAGAGGACUCCAGAGGAAGAGGAGGAGGAAGAGGCGAUCACCGUCCCUCGGGUGGACAACAUGUACCAGUUUCAAGUGGACGUGGAGGAGGAGGGGAUGAGUGGGCUGCAGCUGUUCUUCACCCUGCUGUUCUCCAUCCUGGGCCUGUCCGUGCUGGCCGUGGUGGGCAUGGUGCUCUACGGCCGCUGGAAGGAAAACAAGCGCAAACGCUUCUACUGAGAGAGGUGCUGCUUCUCAGAACACAGGUCCUCGGUGCACAUUAGAUCAACUGGAGACCGCUGUGCUGUGACUGGAACUCAGACCGAUGGCCUUCUGGGUCGAAUGUGGAGAGAACAUGAGCGGGAUGGACAGAUAAAUCAGGUGGAUAGUGUUUUUAUAUAUUUUUUUUUAAGUUCUCUGGAGGAUGUGGAGAUCUCAGCAGGUUAUCUGCUGAGUGAGGAUCUGUCCUCACCAACAGGAGGCAACAAAAGAAUCAAGUUUCUGGAAUCAAAUUGCUGCGUGGACUUCACUGACAUCAUGAUAACAGGAGUUUCCCCACCUCUGGGGGAUGCUUUUCAGUCACUUCACAGGUUGCACCUGUAAACAAAGUAAAGAAAUAAAACUCCUGCAUUAUAACAGAAGAAAUUUGGGAAGCUGCUCCAGUUGCAGUCCUGUUAAAGUAGGUAUUGUCUACCUGCAGCUGUUGUCACUGUUAUUUAGUGUCUGAAACUCCUGAAACUCCAAGUGAAGACUAAUCUAACAGCACCAACAGCAGAGCAGACUUUUACAGUCUUAAAAGAACAAUAUAACAAUAACAUCUGGGUUUAUCUAAAUGGACGCCAACAAAUGUUUACCUACUGCCUGCGUUUUUAAUCAGGUAGCAUCUUUACAUCCUCUGUUCUCACUGCCAACAGGAAACUCAUUGGUGAAGCCAGGUCAUGAAAAAAAUCUGAACUAUCCCUUUAAGUUCCUUUGUUCUGUUAUGAGUGUAAAUGUAGCUCCAGUUUUUAUAUCUGUGACAUCACAAAUCUAAUUGUCCAAUCAUGGACAGAUCCAAACAAUUUGGUAAGCAAUUGCUGUCCUUUGAUUGGACAACUAGAUGUGGCAGUAAGUCCAGGCUGACCAAUCAGUUUGAGGUGUGAAAACAUCAGAAGUAUUCAGAGCGCAGGAGUUAAAAAAAAAAAAAAAAAAGGUUUUUAGAGAUUCACUAAAGUUUUUCUGUUUACUACAGAAAUUCCUCAGGGACAUGAAGGGAUUUCUUUUUCUUUUAUGAUGCCUAGCAAAAGUAUUAGUUUCCCUCACAAAUUUUUUGUGUUCUCUCGCAAUAAUGUACGAAUCAUUUCAUGUUGAAUCUUGAAUACCGAAAGUUUUUCUACUACAAUAUAAGGGUUUUGUAAGGUUCUUUGAUGUAUGUCAAUAUCUCGUUGAGAUAUCUCAACUUUUAAACCUUUCUUUAGGAUACACAUGAACAUGGGCUUUCAUUCAAAACAGAAACUUUCCUUAAGAAAAACUACAUGCAAAGUAUUUGAACUAUUUUUGAGUUAUUUUCAUGGG